CUGAACAACGGCGAAGGGCUCAAAGUCCCGGUUACGGCUAAUUAAAGGCCGGUUUUUGACGCGUCUUAAUUGAACCGCAGUUUAAACCUGGUCGAAUGGCGCGAAGAUUAUAGUGCGUUGUUAAAUGAUUUACUGCUUGUUAGAUUAAAAUCGUUGAUCAUAAUCAUGUCAGAUCACGAGCUGGCCGACGAUGACCACGAGAUAAACGUUUUGGACACAGACUCUAGGUUGUCCCAUAGUGACAGUGAAGCGAGGAGUGUCCGCAGCCGAUGUAGCUCCCCAGAGACGGAAUCGUCCCAUACGUCGACGAAACCUGCUUUACCGUUCAGUAUUUCCAAUUUGUUAGGUAAAAAUUUCGAACAUAAACCCGAAAAUGAUCCGGCAAACUUCUACCAGAGUUCCGCGGCGAUUUUCCAGAGUAGAUCUGCCGCGACGUUAAGCGGACUCGUACCGUCCGGUUUUUAUGGACAGGGUGUAUUAAGGGUACCCGCUCAUAGACCUAUCGGUGGUUCGGGUAGUCCGCCUUCAGCGGGGGCGGUUUUUAAUCCUUGGACUUUAAGUUUGGACCCCGUACUGCAGAGAUCUGCUGCUGCUGCAGCUUUUGCUUCGCAAGUGGUGAAAGAUAGACUUGCAGUGUGUUGCUUUUUAGCCACCUUUCCAAUGGCCCGACGGAUCGGGCACCCCUACCAAAACCGAACACCCCCCAAACGAAAGAAGCCGAGGACAUCUUUCACAAGAUUGCAAAUAGCCGAACUUGAGAAGAGGUUUCACAAACAGAAAUAUUUGGCGUCGGCAGAAAGGGCGGCGCUGGCGAAAACACUGAAAAUGACUGACGCACAAGUGAAGACGUGGUUUCAAAAUAGGAGAACGAAAUGGAGGCGGCAGACUGCAGAAGAAAGAGAAGCCGAACGGCAGGCUGCGAACAGAUUAAUGUUGUCCCUUCAAGCUGAAGCUCUGACAAAGGGCUACAUGAAUGAAGGUCCACCGCCAGCUUCAGCGCCCAACGACACAGCAUUGAGUGCUCUACAGAACCUUCAACCCUGGGCAGGACCUUACAAUGCACCUCAACCCGCCCUUGCGGAAUCCAUGUGUUAACGCGAACGCAAGUAACGACCUGGUUUGGUUACUAAGUUGCUUUAGAAUCGUAACGAUGAACGAUGGAUAUGUGAUGAGGUGCAAUACAAGAAAUUUCGACUUCGGAGCGAUUUUAAGAUGAAUGACAGACGAUGUUUGUGCAAUAAGAUGAAUUUGAAAAGACUCAAUUCCAAAUAGUGACUGCAAUCUUAAUCUUUCACGUUUUGCGGUUGUUGGAUGCUGGUUUGUAUCGGCGUCGAUUAUGAUUCGCUUGUGCCACUGGAGUUAAAUGAAUGCACUUGUCACAUAUGCGACGUCGUUUAAUUUAGCGAUUAAAAGAUGUAGACGCAACAAUUAAAUUAUCGAGAUGACAAAAAAAGUAAACUUUGUCGCAAAUUUAAUAUUAUUCCACAACACGCAACAAAACGCACUUCAAAAUAUUCUUUGUUGUAUAUUUUUAAAGCAACAGUUUGUUAUGUUAUUGUCUUUGUGCUUUUAAAAAAAUAUUUAGCCCUCAUAAGGCAUUUUCUAACAUUAAUUCAUCCUAAAGUUUUCGCUACGUGUCAAUAUUUCAACUUUUUAUGGUUAUAUUAAAUGCGUUGUUUAGUAUAUCAGCACCUCGCUAAAUUUCAAACGCGAUGCUAAUUACAAAUGAAUUUUGUUUUUAAAGAAAUGUAAAACUUAAGACUAGUGGAAUAAUACAUACUUGACAAAACACAACAUCCUGUAGAUUAUUUUGUGAACGUGAACUUAACUUCUAAUUAUUGAUGUGUUUUGUGGCAGCCGUGUGAGUGGGCGACGCAAACAUUGAUCUGUUAAAGUGCAAACCAAACCGGACUAAAAUUUAGAGAAAUAAUUGCCUUCAUUCUUAAUGAUCAGUAACAAAAAAAAAACAGUAGCAUUUUUUAGAUAUCCAUUAUCAGCAUUACUUUCUAUUUAAUAAUUUACUUCCACCGAGACUUUUACUUACUAUUAUACUAUUGGUUUAGUUAUCAAAAUCUUGAAAAGCAAAACAAAUAAAAUAAGAUGUUGCAUUGAAUAUUGCGUUAAACAUUAUUAUUAAUUAAUUUCACUUUGAUCUGAAUAAAAUUUAAAAAAUUAGUGAGUUCAUAUUCAUAAUGAUGUUUCAUUCAUUAUUUUUUGAGGGGUAAACCACUAAAUUAUUGACGAAUUCUAAAGAAUUUUAAGUAGAAAAAGAGUUGGGGUGUACACGCUUCCCUCUACGGUUUACUUAUUAUUUUCGGUCAGAUUCAAAAUAAUCAAACUCAAGGUAAUUCUACGAGCAAAUUCAUUUUAAAGAUAAUAUAUCUGCAAAUUCAUUUUAAAGAUAAUAUAUCUAGUACACCAAACAAACUGAUUAUAACCAGAAAAUUUGCAACAAAGCUAUUACUUUUUGGCGAUCGAAAGACCGAGCAAAAUAAUUAAAAUAAUAUCCGCAAAUUACUUGCAAAGGUGUAAGAACACAUUUUCACCAUUUAUUGUAAAACAACCGUCAAAGACGAUGUAAAUAGUUUGUUAAUUAUAAAUAAACGACAUAUGUAUUUCGUGAUGAAUAAAACCGUACUUAAUAGGUGACAAAAAUGUUUUUUCUCAUGUAAUUAUGGUAGUAUAUGAUUUCAAUUGUAGAUAGCACAGAAAUUAUUGUAUUAAAAAUAAAAUUGU